AUGGAUGCACAAACGAUUAAAACGCUCGCCGACCGGUUGAUCGCCGCGGAAGAAAGCCGCGAGCCGGUUGAGGUACUGACGAUUGACCAUCCGGACAUGACGGUCGCGGACGGCUAUCGGGUGCAACUCGCCAUUGCCGACAAAAGGACGGCGCGCGGAGACCGGGUAGUCGGCAAGAAAAUCGGCCUCACCAGCCGGGCGAAUCAGGAAGUCUUUGGCGUACACGAACCGGUUUGCGGGCAGCUCAUGGGCCAAGGCGUUUAUAUGGAAGGAACGCCGGUCGACACGGCGUCGCUGAUCCAGCCGAUCAUUGAAUGCGAGAUCACCUUUGUGAUGUGCCGGCGUAUCGAAGGGCCCGGGGUGACGGUGCCGCAGGUGCUGCGCAGCACGGAGGGUAUCAUGCCGUCGCUGGAACUCGGCGAUUCGCGCAUGCGCGACUGGAUCGGCCGCGCCAAGGUGGCUGACAUUUUGGCGGAUAGCUGCGGCACCGCCGGCAUUAUCGUGGGCGGCGAGCUUCAUUCGGUCAAGAAUUUCGACAUGCGCUACACGGGAAUGGUGGUCGAGAAGAACGGCGACAUUAUUGCCACCGGCGCGGCGGGCGCGGUGAUGGGCAAUCCCGCGCAAGCGGUCGCCUGGCUGGCCAACAAACUCGCCGAGUUCGAUCUGGCGAUCGAGGAGGGCGACAUGGUACUCGCCGGCGCCCUGACCGGCGCCGUGCGCAUGGCGUCCGGCGAUGUACUCAAGGCGACAUUCGGCGGCGGCUUGGGACCGGUUGGCGUGAAUUUUGCGUAG